AGUAGACGAAUUAUCACGGGAAUGAUGAUAGCCCCAUGGAACUAAAUGUCAACUUUUGACAUAUAUUUACGCACAAUGCAUUUGGAUUUAUGAACUAUUUUUUAUAUAUAUUUUGUGAAAGAACCCACAAUGCUUUAACCUGGGAUUCCGUACUAUCCUUCCUAAGUAGGUAGCUACGUGACCACUUUGCCACAACUUGCAUGCUAAGAUGGCUCUGCAGAAUGAAGCCCAAGAUGACUGGUUUGAAAGAUUUAAAGAGUUCUGCAUGGUUAACCCGAUAUUAAUGGGGACUUUGACCUCGGUUGUCUUUUUAAUCGUUUGCUGGACCAUCAGAGACAGUCUCAAAAUCAAAGAUGUUCGUGAAAAGUAUGUUUUCAUCACUGGAUGUGACUCUGGGUUUGGGAACUUAUUGGCACAAAGGCUUCAUAAAAGAGGCUUUGGUGUAAUUGCUGCCUGUUUAACAGAAAAGGGGAGCCAGGAUCUAAAAGCGUGCACGUCACCAGCGCUGAGAACGGUCAUAUUGAAUGUUACAAACCCCAGGAGUAUUGCAAAUGCCGUGGAAUACGUUGCGUCAGAAACUGGGAAAAAAGGGUUAUUUGGAUUGGUCAACAAUGCUGGAAGAGCCACUCCUAUUGGACCGACUGACUGGUUGGAUAUGGAGGAUUUUCAUCGAGUUCUCGACGUCAACCUAAUUGGACUUAUUGAAGUCACCUUGAAAUUUUUGCCGCUUCUAAAAAAAGCCCAGGGAAGAGUUGUCAAUGUGGCCAGUGUCAUGGGAAGGCUUGCGUUUGGGGGUGGCGGAUACUGCCUAUCAAAGUGUGGAGUUGAGUCUUUCUCUGACAGCUUAAGGAGAGAUAUGCAGUAUUUCGGAGUGAAAGUUAGUAUAAUCGAGCCUGGUUUCUUCAAGACUGGAGUCACCAGUCUAGAUGUGAUUGAGAAGGAUUUAAAUAGGCUCUGGAACCGGCUUGCACCAGAAGUUAAAUGCUCAUAUGGAGAUAAAUAUUUUGAUAAGUAUCUGAAGAUCCAGCGGCUUUCAAUGAACACGUUCUGUGAUGCUGACAUCUCUAAAGUGACAAACUGCAUGGAACAUGCUUUGAUAGCAAGGUAUCCGAGGACGAGAUAUGGAGCUGGCUGGGAUGCAAAGUUAUUUUGGCUCCCAUUGUCUUACGCUCCAGCCGUUGUUGCGGAUAAAAUGCUGAAACUCAUAUUACCACGUCCACUUGGCAGCAAAAGAGUAUUGUCUAAAAAUCAAGUUGAUGUAUAACUAUUUUUUUUCCAUUAUGUGUAAAUUACGUGUCCUUUGGUUGAUCGGGGCGUUUGACUUUUA